GUUGUAAUGCAGUGUUUGCGAAGCGCCGUCACAUCUUUCAUCUCAGAUCAAAAUUAGUUAUUUUUCGCCCGUUAUUUGAUAUUAAGGAGUUUGCUCUUCGUUCAACAGAAGUCUUUCCCAUGGAGGGAAUCUCACGAAAUAGGGAUUCAGGAAAUUGUGGUUGAAAUUGGCUCCAAAUUGUGAACAGUUCUGACAACGAUGCAGCAUGUUAAAUGGGACAAUUACUGUCGCCUCUUGGACGUUGUAUGCUUGCCAAGAACUAGAAGAAUUGUAUGAGCUAGUUUUGUGGUGUAAUUGUUGUUCAAACGAUCCAUCGGAAUGUGGCUGGUCGCUCCACGUUGACGAUCAUUUUCAGUAACAGACUACAAUUCUUCAAUUAUACUUACUGUUGGGGCUUUUUUCCAUGAAGGGGAACAUUAUUAUGAGCGUACCGACUGUGCUGGCAAAAGCACUUUACGAUAACAUAGCUGAUAACGAAGAUGAGCUGACAUUCCGUAAAGGUGACGUCAUCACAGUCCUUGAGAAAGACAUCGAUGGCUUGUAUGGCUGGUGGCUGUGCUCACUGCACGGUCGCCAAGGYAUUGCCCCUGGAAACCGUCUCACUGAGAUACCAAAAGAACCAGAGCCWAUAAAGAGUCCACCUAGCUUUGAUGAACUAGAUUAUGCAGUGCCCAGACCUUUUGAGGAAAAYGGGGAGGACUAUGAUGUCCCUCGUUCGGUYUUCAGCCCACAGGAUUACGAYAUUCCCAGGGCUGAUCCUAAGUUUGAAUAUCCAGACGAGGAAAACCCCRAACCUGAUUCACCAGCUGAUAAYAUUUACCAAGAGAUUUACGAUGUACCGACAUYGACACCAGAGAAAAUGAAGCCAGAACCAUUACUAAUUCCUGGGAAGAAGAUUCCACCAAAACGACCGCCAUCACCCCAAAGGGGSCCCCAGUCACCUCAGAAGGAACUCUUUAAGGGACCCCAGUUACAUCAAGURGGACCCACAUCACCGUCUAAAUCAGCACCCAAAGCGAAGCCUCCKCGGAAGAGUUUAAUAGAGAAAGAAAGUGCUGUGAAACCAAAACAGACGCCUCCRCCGAGACCCCCGAAACCCACUUCUCCAAGAUCUCCAAGGCCGGAGAUGAACCUCCUUUCUCAAGAAGUCUACGACGUACCCGUUGCUACCAAGACACCCAUUUCGCAUACAAAAUCAGCGCCAAACUUCCAAWCAGAUAACUUAUUGCACAGUUCGCAAGUCACUAAAAAAGCAGGCAGCUCUACAUCUCUUAACGCAGACAAAACGUUACGUAACCGAACAGCUUCAAAUAACUCCUCUGGGAGUACMCCYAGGGAAGAGAUUUAUGACGUACCCACCGCUGAUGUAUCGCCUGAGGACAUUUACGAUGUCCCUCCGAGCAUUCACACCGUACAAAUGGCGCUACAGGACCAGGACGGAGAAAUCUAYGACGUCCCGAGGCAACAGCARCCUGUUUGGGAGAAGAAUAGACUUUCGGACGAAUCUAGUAGAAGUAGCUCUGGAGUGAGUAGCGAACUGGGCGGAGUAUCACGUGGAUCCGGUGGAAGUGAUCGAAGUAGYUCAAGGCCUGGGUCUGAUUCUAGUGACAAAGGUAUGUCAACACUUGGUGUUGGUUCCAGUGAAGUGAGUGGGUCAAAACGUCGCUCUGGUGGAAGYGGCGGGAAACGCUCGUCUGGCGGUAGCACUGGAAGCGGCGGGAAAGUGAGCUCGGAAGACGACGACUAUGUGGAUUAUCAGGAGAUCUAUGGAUACGGUCGAAACAAACCUGUCAAUCUUUAUGACGUUCCUGUACAACCUGCGCCUGCGACCGAGGGAAAUUCCUCUUCACCAACAAAGAAACCAGCAAAGGUCAGCAUUUUACAGCGAAUUAACAUGUCAGCGGUGAAAGGUAUCAAAGUAGACCCUCCUGCCGCACUUCAGAGAUUGACAAAACUAGARCAAGCCGUUGACGUCACGGUUACUAAGCUACUUAGUUUCGUCACGAGCACGUGGAGAGACCCCACCCUACUGAGGGCCAACGUAGCYGACAUACGGGACAUUGCRGGGAAGGCRAAAACGGUCCUCCGUCUAUUGACGGAGUUUGGAUUAAGCACUCUUGUGAAUUCGCGAAAUCUUGGUAAACAAGARUUGACGGGAAUGUURAGCCGUGCAAUUGAACCGCUUUUGGAGACGUACUAUUCAUUGAAACUGACUCUGCAGCGGCUGGACGAUACUGAUUGGAAGGCACCGUUGAGUGAGCGAAAGGACAAASAACACGAUGAUCUCGACAUGAUAAUGUCCUACAUGCAAAGUGUCCCUCAAGAUUCUAAAAMACUAGCAACAGUGAUWAGAACUGCGGCUACAUCACUGUAUAGGCUCCCUAAAGAACCCUUAGAGCCCCCUCGCGAACAAAMCGAGGAGCAACCCACCCGCACUGAAGAGUCCAUUACCCCGGAGGCUACUUCUCAUAARCUCCCUAAAGAAAACUUCGCGACCACUCUCGAACAAAAGAAGAAAGAAACCAUAACCACUGAAGAACCACCUCCUCCAGUCGAUCGGUCCACCAAGUCUKAUAAACACCCCACGGAAGARAAGAAGUCCACUGAAGUGUCRUCGAAGAUCGAGCGGUUCAAACCAGUAGCCAUGGAAGCAGAAAGCAGUGAAGUGAACUCGGCAACGAUGUUGGUUGGUCUUAUUAAGGCGAGUGUGGACGCGAACAUCAAACCAGGGGAUGGCCCUAAGUUUAGUCCGGAGACUGUACGACGUCUGUGCCAACUCAGUAGCAACUCUAGUUCAUCGCUAAAAGACGAGGGAGAAACCCCGAUGCUGCCUCCAAGAAGAUCCGACUCCGUCACGAAAGACAGUACUGUACCAAAACCACCGACAAGGCAGGACAGUGGCGAAAGGCUUCACCAUGUUCGACAAAAGAGUCUUGAGCGCUUCGCCCCUGAUGGUGAGGCCGCACCCAAGAGCAAAGUUCCCCCGGCCCCACCCCCUAAGCCAAAACUCGACCGCAAGCCGACCAUGAGAAAGAGCUAUAAGAAUCGAGGAAGAGAGGACGACGAGGCGACGACGCAGCGACCGGUUAAGUUCCGCGAACGAUUACCGGGUUCCGAUUCCCCGAAGGAAAAAMGAAAGUGUAACUCCGAUCCGACGGAUAUUGAGCGAAUCGCUGAGGAUGGGAAUAACAAUCGCAGAGACAAACGAGUGUCUGACGGUUUAGGCGCAUCUAUGCCUGAAGAGACUAUAGUUUCUCGCUCAAUCGGAUAUUCACCUUCUCAUAGUUCCGAUUCAGCAUUACCGAGCUCGCCAACCGGACAGUGUACCGUCACACCCUUGUCACCACGCUUAAAAGAAUUCCAAGGAAAUCCUAGACCUGAUAUUCGUAUUGGCCGAUCGAARUCUUUCACGCGAACAAAGCCUCCGACUCCUAAGCCUUCUUUUGGAGAAAAUGGUAUGAACAAUUUCAUUCUUUCGUUCAGCGAUAAAGAACUUCUUGAAUUUUACAAGUACGAGAUCGAUGCGCAGUUAUUUGUCCUUAACGAGGCAAUGAAGUCUUUGUUCGCAGCCAUCGACGAGAACAAACCACCGAAAGUCUUUGUGUCAAACAGUAAAUUUGUUGUAUUGAGUGCACAUAAGUUUAUUUACAUCGGUGAGACUUUACAAAGCAAGAUUUCACACGAUAAACUUGGUAAUGACAUUACUGCGGUGACUUCGAAGUUGUCCGAGUGUGCGAAAAGACUUGUCCAGUGCACUAAGCUGGCAGCUUUACAGUAUUCAGCGGUUUCUCCGAUGAGAGAGAUGGCUUCGGCUGCCUCGGCAGUUUCAGAGGCUGCGAUUGAACUGCACAAGGUCGUGAAAUUAAAAACAAAUUCUUAAUUAUUUACGCUGUGAAUCGUGACAAUUCCGUAUAACAGUUACGCACAGCCAGAACAAUGAGAUCGUCGGUUUACGCCAAGAGUGUACGGAUUGAUUGGGAAGAACGCUUAGAAUACGUAGUCCGURGCGCUUACGUAGAGACGUAACGAUUGUGAACAUUGUUUGAUCAGCGUUCGCCUAGAAGAGCAGAAAUUAUUUCAAGAUAAUGUGGUAUUAACUGCGGAGAUUACUUUACGUAAGGUAUGCAAUGGUAYUAUACUUGACGUCUGUGGACAACUUUCGAAAAUGUUAACCUUCGUAUCGCGAUUACAAAUGACGCGAAAGAAACGAUUUAGAUAAAUAUUGUGGGCGUUCCCGUGAAACUUUUUGUGUAUUUUUUUCGCUAGUCGCCUUUUCAUAGUAGUACGAAACACUAGCGUUAUCGUAAAGAAUUUCCGCAAUGGCUUACGUAGAUUAUUGACGCUCAUUAACGCAUUAACGCCAACAAGAUUUACGCCGUUUUGAAAUUGCAGUUUAUGCUAAAGCUAAGCAAUAUCGUUUGUAUUUCUUAUCUAAAAACGUUACGUAGUCAGAACGCGACUUGUUGUGAGGAAACGUCACUCACUUGAAAAAAAUAGAUAUUACYGAAAGCUUAAUACUUACAGUGUAACCCCGCUUACGACCACCCGAUAAGUAUGUACUGCAAUUUAACUCCUAUACUUUUCUGCCCGGUUAAUGCGGGCGCUUUUCGAUGUUAGUUUGGUGGCCGAAUUAACGAGGUUUCACUGUAUGUGCAAAAAAUGUCAUUGCUGCAUAAAAGGUGUCCCCACCUUAGGUGUCUCUAGUAAACCUAAUUUACAGCAGAAAUACAUGUUUGCAAUUCCCUCSUUCCACAUGAAAGGCCAUUGUAAACUUUACCUCUGAAAAUAAAGGUUGGUAGCUGUAGGAUUAGACAGGAAACUCAAUAUUUAUUUCCGAUGGUUAAAAAUACUAAGCUUUUGUCAAAGAGUUGAAUAGAUUUUUUGAUAUUUUAAGUAGUUGGUUUGCUGCUGAUAAACUGGUUUUAGUUCUUGAUAAUGUGCAACUUGUUGAAUACAGUUGAAUCUCUUGUAAGCCGACAUCCAUGGGAAACUAAGAAGGGUCAUGUAUAGAGCUGUCCACCUAAUAGAAAGUGUGAACACAGUGUUUAUAUGAAAGAAAUAUAAAAUUUGGGUUUUAGAAAGCUUUCGCUUACGAGAGCGUCCACAAGUGGAGAUUCAACUGUACUUGAAAGUAUGCCGUAAAAAAUAUUAAAUGAUAAUCAUGAAGAAGUUUAUUCUUAAUGUUCAGUUUUGAAAUUUUUAAGAAAGGUUUUCUAUAUACUGGUUUCAAUGAAAGGUGUUUUUGUGCAUAUUAUUAAUAAAUUUUUUGAUGUAAAGCCACCAUCCCAAGGCUACCUUUCAAGAUGGUUAAAUCAUUUUAUUUUGUCGUGUGCUAUGGCUUCAUUUAUCUUAAUACUUCACUGCCAUCACUUUUCUAUAAUCUUUAAGUUUUUCUAUUUACAACUUAAAUGAAUAUUGCUGUUAGAUUAUGUACAGAUAUUUCAAUUUCUUGUAAAUAUAAUUAGUUGUUACAUGGAUAUAUGGUGUUCUUAGAAUUAAAAGACUCUGCAAGAAAAAAA